ACUGACUGCUCUCUGCUGUCUCUCUGUCUCCUCGUGGGGUCAUCUCUAAUAACUAAGCAGGCUGUGUGUUGGUGCUUAAGCUUUCUGCAAACAUGGCUGGCAGGAAAUUUUUCGUUGGUGGAAACUGGAAGAUGAACGGUGACAAGAAAAGCCUGGGAGAGCUUAUCAACACUCUGAACAGCGCCAAACUCAACGCCGACACCGAGGUGGUCUGUGGUGCUCCUUCUAUUUACCUCGACUUUGCCAGGUCCAAGCUUGAUGCUAAAAUUGGCGUAGCUGCGCAGAACUGCUACAAGGUUGCCAAGGGUGCCUUCACUGGAGAGAUCAGCCCUGCGAUGAUCAAAGACUGUGGUGUGGAGUGGGUGAUUCUGGGACACUCUGAGCGCCGUCACGUGUUUGGAGAGAGUGAUGAGCUGAUUGGCCAGAAAGUAGCUCAUGCUCUCGAGAGCGGCCUGGGUGUGAUCGCUUGUAUUGGGGAGAAGUUGGACGAGCGAGAGGCUGGUAUCACCGAAAAGGUUGUCUUCAUGCAGACCAAAGCCAUCGCAGACAAUGUUAAGGACUGGAGUAAGGUGGUGCUUGCUUAUGAGCCUGUCUGGGCCAUCGGAACUGGCAAAACUGCAUCUCCACAACAGGCUCAAGAAGUACAUGAUAAACUCAGGCAGUGGAUGAGUACCAACGUUUCUGAGGCUGUUGCUAACUCUGUCCGGAUCAUCUAUGGAGGCUCAGUUACUGGGGGUACCUGCAAGGAGCUGGCCGGCCAGAAAGACGUGGAUGGAUUCUUGGUGGGCGGAGCUUCAUUGAAGCCAGAGUUUGUUGACAUAAUCAACGCCAAAGCGUGAAAGGAUCUUGAAACGGAGCAGAUGAGGAACAACUGGCACUAACUAUGUCCAUUUCACCGCCCUAGCAUAAAGCACUUCUGUCCUAUUCUAACUAAAUGUUUAUUUGCUCCUCGCCCCACGUAUUUGUGUGCUGCUACUGCAUAAAUGUAUUUUUCAUUUGUGCAUAAUGAAUUGACUAUCAAAGGGAUUAUUUAGCUGUGAUGUGAUUGGCACUUGAUGUGAAGUUUAUAACACUGAUAACUGCCUACCUAGAUUAGAACAGAUAGCACUGGACUCUUGGGCCAUGCCUUCACCUGACAAAUGUUUACCCACUUUCGUUUGUGCUUACACUGUCCAGUUUAUGGCAAUAAAAGCCAAUAAUGUAUUUUAAGUCAGUAGAAUUCCCCCCUUACUGUAUGUUCUGUGAUUUAAGUUAAUAAUGCAUCAGCAGCUCUGGCAGCUUUGGCUACUGUGUCAAGGCUGUUCAUGAAAAGUCAUAUGGUUCAUGCAAGGAAGAACCUUGUAAUAAAUGUUUGAGCGAAGAACAAA